CAAAAAAUAUUAUCAAUUCUUGCUAUGAUGAAAAAGUUUUUGCAUCAAAUAUAAUUUUUCCAUAUUUACGAAGAGUAUUAAGUUAAUAGCCUUGACCCUUGAGGUUGAAGAGUAUUAAGUUAAUAGCCUUGAGGUCGAAAAGUAUUAAGUUAAUGAGAUCGCAGAGUAUUAAGUUAAUGAAAUCGCCGAGUAUUAAGUUUAUCAUAUACAUUUAUGUUUGGCUUAAUAUAAGUUUUCCUAACGAUUGGAUUUUGGACUUACUAAUUUUUCAUUGAUUCUUAUGCUGCCACGUAAGUCAAAUUAACAUCCUAAUUAAUUGACACCUAAAAAAAAUUAUUUUUUAAUUAACACAAACUUAAAGUUAAAGUUGCAACCUUUUAAAUGAUUCUUUAUAGGAGAUAUUAUUUGUAUAUAAAAAUGUCUAGAAAUUAGAAAAGCUGACGCGUCAAUACUGCAUUGUGGGUAAAUUACAAAUGUUGUUGAAAAUAAGAUUUUAAGACUUUAAUUGCAAUAUUAAAAAAAUACAGAUUUCUUUCUAUUUGUUUGGUUAACAUAAAAUACAUUUCCUAAACAUUUAAUGACCUUUAAGGAUAAAAAUCUUAUAAAUAGAGAUCAUACUAUCAUUUCACCACAUUAAAUAUCCUAAAUCCUAAUUGCUAACGUUCAUCAAUAAUCUCCACAAAGAACCAAAGAUGUCGCCGUCCAAAAUUAUUGUGUUGAAAAGCUCCGAUGGUGAGACCUUUGAGGUUGAAGAAGCAGUGGCUCUCCAGUCCCAAACCAUAGCUCACAUGGUUGAAGAUAACUGCAUCGAUGGCGGAAUCCCUCUUGCCAAUGUCACCGGCGGGAUCCUCGCCAAAGUAAUUGAGUACUGCAGGAAACACGUCGCCGUAGUCCCUGAUGGUGAUGGUAAUUCGUCUUCAUCCUUGGAAGAGGAGCUGAGAAAUUGGGACGCUGAGUUUUUGAGUAAUAUCGACCAGUCUACGCUCUUUCACCUGAUUAUGGCUGCUAAUUUUCUAAACGUCAAAGAUCUUCUUGAUCUCACUUGCCAAGCAGUCGCCGAUAUGAUUAAAGGUAAAUCUCCAGAAGAGAUUCGAGCUCAACUCAACAUCGAGAAUGACUUUACACCCGAAGAAGAAGCGCAGAUUCGCGCUGAAAACCAAUGGGCUUUUGAGUGAUCACUUUGUAUGACUUUGUUCAUGAUUUUAUGUUGUCCUCGCGCAGUCAUGUUUCUUUGCUUUUAAAUAAAUUGCGAGAAAACAAUGUUUUUAUCUUCAUGUCUAUUA